AUGGUACGCCUCUACAACUGCAACGCCCUGUCUUUCGCGGGCGCCGUCGCCAGUAGCUUGAUGGCACAUGCUGCCGCGAAGCUGGUGGCGGGCGAGAACUCGACUCAUGUGACGGUCGCCAACGACCACCUCGCCAUUGCGCUGGCCAAGUCAAAUGGGCACAUUGUUGACCUGGCCCUCGACGGACAGGAUCUGCUCGGACCGCUCAGUGGAAACUCAGGCAAGGGUCCCUACCUGGACUGCUCAUGCACACCCGACGGCUUCUGGCAGCCAGGAGGCGAUCUGCAGCUGAUCGAGGGCACCGAUGGCGCCGGGACAGACUAUGUCGGCCUCGUCAUGGAGGAUACAUAUGACUCGACCAACCAGACGCUCUCCCAGUACUUUUUCCUCCGGGAUGGCGAGACGGGGCUGCAUGCGUUCUCUCGCGUCACGUACUGGAACGAGAACAGACCCUUCCUGAGGGGGCUAGGCGAGUUGCGCACACUGUUCCGACCCAACACGGCGUUGUGGACGCACUUUUCGACGAGUGACGGCAACUAUGGCCCGCUACCCGGCAAGGAGGCGAUUGCCGAGGCCGUCACCGUCCAGGACGCGACGACAUACCUCGGGAACACGCCCGAUGACGGCUACGUUGCGCAGUACUCGGACUACUUUACAAAGUACAGCCUGAGCGAGGUGUGGCGCAACCACGACGUCCACGGGCAGUUCUCGGACGGCAGCACGUCGCCGGCCGGGGACACGUAUGGGGCGUGGCUCGUGCAGAACACAAUGGAGACGUACUACGGCGGUCCGCUGCACUCUGAUCUUGUCGUGGAUGGCAUUGUGUACAACUACAUGGUCUCGGGGCACCACGGCGCGCCCACGCCCAACAUCACGCACGGAUUCGACAGGACGUUUGGACCGCAGUACUACCACUUUAACAAGGGCGGGCCGGACACCACGCUGCAGGAGCUCAGGGCGGAUGCCGCGCAGUAUGCGGACGUGGAGUGGAACGCCGACUUUUACGAUGAGAUUGCGCCGUACGUGCCCAACUAUAUCCCCUCGGCGAGGCGCACCACGUUUGAGGGCAAGGUGGACCUCCCCGAGGGCGCGAAGCGACCCAUCAUCGUCCUGUCCGAGAACAAGGAGGACUUUCAGCUCAACGUGUUUGAGCACACGUCCCUGCAGUACUGGGCGGAGAUUGACGAGACGGGCGUGUUCAGCAUCCCGCGCGUCGCGGAGGGCACGUAUCGCGUGACAGUCUACGCGGACGAGGUGUUUGGCUGGUUCAUCGAGGACGACGUCAAGGUUGGGCGGUGCACGCGCAUGCACGACUUUGCCUGGACCGAGGAGUCGGCGGGGACGGAGCUCUGGCGGAUCGGCGUGCCGGACAAGUCGGCGGGCGAGUACCGCCACGGGUACGCACCGCUGGAGUCCAAGCCGCUGCACCCGGAGGAGUACCGGAUCUACUGGGCGCAGUACCAGUUCCCGGACGAGUUCCCGGAGGGCGUGCACUUUCACGUGGGCGAGAGCCGGGAGGACCUGGACCUCAACUACAUCCACUGGGCGUGGUGGCCGUCCAAGGGCAACUACCUGCGGGACACGCCCGUGUACGACAAUGUGAACAACUGGACGGUGACGUUUGACCUGGCGGCGGCGCAGCUGCGGGACCGGGCGACGGCGACGUUCACGGUGCAGGUGGCGGGGACCAAGACGGCCAACGGCAACGACAAGUGGAAGGUGUCGGACCACCCGUUUGCCAACCUGCCGUGGACGGUGGGCGUCAACGGGGGCGCGUACGAGGCGACGUGGACGAUUCCGUACUGGCGCAGCGGGUCGUGCGGCGUGCGGAGCGCCGUGGCGUGCCAGAAUGUCGAGCACAAGUUUGUGUUCCCGGCGGCGACGCUGCGGGCGGGCCGGAACGAGUUUGUGCUGAGUCUGCCGUAUAAUGCGAGCAGCGUCGAGACGGCGCUGUUGCCGGACGCGCUGUAUGUGCAGUACGAUGCGUUUAGGCUGGAGGUGGAGUAG